AUGUCCGGAAUGCUAUCAUAUGUGCUUGGUGGCGACCGGAAGCCUGCAGCCAUAAACUUGCCUGCAGUGGAAGUACACCACAUAGAAACCAACCCCGAUCGCAGGGCGCGGUCACUCAAGCAUCUACUCAAGGCUAACCACGUCAACUAUUCUGUCGUCUAUAACCAGCUUCGUUUCGACAAUCAUAAUGCCCAUAUUCUGGGCUCGGCAUAUUUACUCGGUGCCUCACCAAAUCAGCUCCACGAUAUCUAUGAGGAACAGGCCAAGGAAUUGGAGGCUUGGACGCCGUCUCCGGCGGAAUUGGUCGACAGUGAUUGGGUCGACUUUUUAGGAGACAGACAAUAUCAAAGAGCAUACGUGGAUUUCUUUGAGGACAAACUGGCGAUGGAAUACGCCUAUGACUGGAAGAAGGUGGUUGAGCACUUUCUGUUCUCGUCCGAAAAGCCGCUAGUCCAUGGACUAAUUUGCGGCCUUGGCCACCCUCUGAUUCAGCUGGGAUAUGCGUAUGAAAUGGACAGCAGAGAAGUCGCAAUGGAGGCUCUUACACUGGCGUCAGUGCAGCAAAAUUUUCUCUACAAGUACAGCGCCGAUGCGUCCUACACAAGGCCCUCAUCUAAAAGCAGCAGCUCAGUGCUUGAUCUGCUUGUCAAGAUAUCCGAGGAUGAAAAUUUCAACAGUCUGUCGAAAGAAAUUGACUUUGGAAGGUUUGAAAGCACGAUUACCAAUCAUGAGGACCUGAUAAUGGAGUACUGGAAUGCCUGGAAUAUCUCCGAUCCGAUCAAGGAUUUUGAAUCAUCACAGAGAGCCUCCGUUGCUCUUUUUGUUACAUCGGUCGACCCUAAAUCACAUAAUUACAACUUCUUCAUCGUGCAUCUGCUUACGACCAGCUAUGCGUUGAGGGUCCUGCUGCCAUUCUUCCCAGCCAAGUAUCACAUCAGCCUUGUGAGGCAGUGGUGGCUUUUAGUCAUUGCAGUCUUUGUCUUGAAGGGGAGGCCAUGUCCGAAUCUCGAAAACAUCGACAAAGACUGCAAUGGCCGUGGCUGGAAGUAUAUCCAGGACAAGGCGCUGAACUCCCAGUUUUCAGGCGAUGCACAUUAUGUCAAGGGUUUUACCAAGGGCCCAGAUGACUGCAUGUGGGUAAUGUUGAAGUCUGGUGGGGUCGCUGUACUAACAGCACUCAGCUCAAGCUCCAGUCUGGUCAGCUACGGACAUUUGAAGCCCUGGCGGAUGGCCUCCAGUGGACCGGGUCACCACAGGUGCCUGGCAGCCUGGCACUUCAGCUGGUUGGGCCAAGUCUGGCCUGGUCUGACAGCAUGCAGUGACCAGACUUCGGGCAAACGUAGUGUCACGUCCUCCCAUUACUCGCCGUCAACAUCAGACCAGUUGGCAGCUUUCCUGACCGACUGGUUGAGCUCAAUUCUACAGACACAGUCCGCAUGGAACUCCGGAUACACAAAUGCUUCAGUCGCUUUGAUGGCACCGCCCGCGAAACGCCGCAGGCGGAACCCAGUUGAGGCGUCUGAUGACGAAGAUGAGCAGCCUCGAGCCAACACCCUCUCCAACUUCCUUCUGUCUUCGCCGAGCUCCUCUUCAAAAGCCCCAGCCACAACUGCGUCUACAAGUUCCCUCAAUUGCAAAGGUUUUGCGGGCCAAUCUGGCACCAGUUUGUCUCCUCGAAAGACGCGGGAAGCAAGCUCACAGAAGAAUGGUAGCAGUCCCAGCCCCAAGAAGUCCAAAGAUGUUGGACGAAUGGAAGAAAGGGGCAAGACGGCCGAUCUCAAGGCACUCUUUUUGAAACAAGCCCAACGGGCCACGAAUCCGGGAAGGGGGAGCGAAAAGCGACCUUCGCCCAUCGAUGACCCCAUCAGCGAUCCAAUAUCCGAAGAUGACGAGAUAUCAGAACUCAAGGCUAGCUCAUCGAGCUUGGUCAGCCAACAUGCCCGCAAAAGAAUGAGAAAUGCGAGUGCAGUUGCGCCGAGCGAGUCGUCAAACACUGGUUCAAUGUUCCUCAAACCACCCAGACCUGCAAAUCCAGUUGGUGUCGAUGACGAUUUGCGACCAUGGUCGGAGCGGUUCGGGCCGAGAAAUCUGGAUGAACUGGCAGUCCACAAGAAGAAAGUUGCAGAUGUUCGAAGAUGGCUAGAAGAUGUUAUGUCAGGACGCAUGCGACAGCGGAUUUUGAUCCUCAAAGGAGCAGCAGGCUCGGGUAAGACAACCACUGUCCGGCUGUUGGCGACCGAUAUGGGCUGUGAACUCCUCGAGUGGAAAAAUCCUACGACAAAUUCGGGCACGGGAUAUGUCUCUGUGUCGGGCCAGUUCGGGGAAUUCCUUGGCCGUGGCGGCAAGUUUGGGACACUAGAUGUGGAUGAGCCGGCCAACACAACCAUGAAGAAUUCAAACGGGCUUGCUCAAAGUCGAGCCAAGCGAAUCAUCCUCGUAGAGGAGUUCCCAAACACAUUUUCAAGGUCCUCGUCAGCGUUGACCUCUUUCCGCAGCACAAUACUCCAGUACCUGGCUGCGCAUACGCCUUCACUGGCCAAUUUUGGCAAGGCGUCUCAGCAUAGGGAUCAGAUCAGUCCGAUUGUUUUGGUCAUUUCAGAGACCUUGUUGACAACAACAUCUGCAUCAGCUGAUAGCCUUACGGCCCAUCGCCUUCUGGGACCAGAAAUACUUCGUCACCCUGGUGUUGGUGUGAUAGAGUUCAAUGCAAUUGCACCUUCGAUUCUGGCAAAGGCCUUGGAACUUGUCGUCUUAAAGGAAGCGAGAAAGUCCGGGCGCAGACGAACGCCUGGUCCCCAAGUGCUUAAGAGACUGGGCGAAAUCGGAGACAUUCGAAACGCCGUCUCCUCUCUCGAGUUCUUGUGCCUCAAAGGGGACGAAGACUCGGACUGGGGAGCCAAGGUCGCUUUUACCAAAACCAAAAAAAGUACGAGGGAUUCGAUUAGUUUGACAAAGGGGGAAGCAGAGAGCCUAGAGUUGAUAUCGCAACGCGAAGCCAGCUUGGGCAUAUUUCACGCAGUUGGCAAAGUCGUAUAUAACAAGAGGGACGAAAAGGCGCCAGCAAAUGAUGCAAUCGAAAAUCUUCCCCCAUUCUUAUCAGAAUAUGCCCGCCCGAAGAGGUCACAAGUAUCUGUUGAUUCUCUUAUUGAUGAAAUCGGUACAGACACUCAUACAUUCAUAUCCGCCCUCCAUGAGAAUUACAUUCUGUCAUGUCAAAGCACCGACCCUAUGGAUCUAUCAACGCCGGUGGACUAUGUCAACGAAUGUAUAGAAUAUUUAUCAGAAAGCGAUCUUCUCUGCCCAUCCCGAGACGUAUUUUUCGGAGGUAGGGGCGGCUUCGGUGGUUUCAGCGGUCGAGAUUCAGGCAGCCAUCUUCUUCGGCAGGACGAAAUGACAUUUCAAGUCGCCGUUAGAGGCAUGCUCUUCUCCUUACCCAACCCGGUCAAACGCAAGACGACUACAAUGUCCAAAGGCAGUGAUGCAUUCAAGAUGUUUUAUCCGACGAGUUUGAAGCUGUGGAAGGCAAAGGAAGAGAUUGAGGGCAUUGUCGACAUGUGGUCAUCAAGGAUAUUGAAGGGCGAAUCAGAACUGGCAACAAAAAAUCUAACAGACGGCGCAAAUGCAUUUUUGAGGUCCCAAUCCUCUGGAGAGUCUUUUUCUUGGAUGCAACGCCAACAACAGACACGGGCCGCAAUUGCAAACACUACCGAACAAAAGGAAGAAUCCUCGGACUCGUCGCCCUUGCUGUCACUGGGCAGCUCAGCUCAGCGAGAAAUGCUCCUCGACCGACUACCUUAUAUGGCUCACAUAGCACGAACCCGAAGAACAGGCGUGCGACUACGAGACCUUGAAAAGGUCGUGUCCUUUCAUGGCGUCACAGCUGCCGCCGAUGAAGAAUUCGAGGCAGAGGAUGAUGCAACGCUGGGCGAGGCUUGGGCCACAGACAAACCCUCAGAAGAAUCAAGUCCGCGUAAGAAGAGUGCGCGGAUCAAAGCCGGCGGCAUGUCCGGCAUGUUAGCUCAAAAGUUAGUAUUAAGCGACGAUGAUAUCGAGGAUUGA